CUGAGUUUUUGAGCCCCGCCGCACAUCUGCCGGCGUCGUUGGUGAGUGGGCGACAAGAGCUGAGCAGAAGCGCCCUAGGAAGGGGCCGUCGGAGGCUUUGGAGAGGUUAUCGCGGGGAGAGGGUUGUAACCUUGGGGUUUCCCAGUCUGCAUGGCCAGAGUAGUGUCUAGCAACCUCCUUUCACCAGCACGUAGUUGUGUCUCUCUGCACCUCCUAUUGGGACUCUGGGAGCUUUUUUUAUUUGUCUCUGCAAUCUCCACCUGAGAUGACAUCUCCAUUUGGCUUCCUCCAUGACGUUAAUGUGGCCACAGAAGUUUGAUCAUGGCUGGGCUGGCAGUUCCCCAGUUUGAACUACUAUAAGUCCAGCCAUGGCAGAGAGAAGCCACGAGUGCCGGCAGCGAUGCUACAAAACAGCCAAGAAGGGACUACCGGUCCUCCAAUGGCUCCCCACGUAUUCUCUGCAGUGGCUGCAGUUUGAUUUCGUGGCUGGGCUGACUGUGGGCUUGACCGUUGUGCCGCAAGCCCUUGCCUAUGCUGCAGUGGCUGGUCUCCCAGUGCAGUAUGGCCUCUAUUCCUCCUUCAUGGGCUCUUUCAUCUACUGCCUUUUGGGGACUUCGAAAGAUGUAACACUGGGCCCCACAGCUAUCAUGUCGCUGUUGGUCUCGUCCUAUGCAUUCCAUGACCCCGCCUAUGCCAUCCUGCUUGCCUUCCUCUCAGGCUGCAUCCAAUUAGCUAUGGGACUAUUGCAUCUUGGUUUCCUCUUGGACUUUAUCUCCUAUCCUGUCAUUAAUGGUUUCACUUCAGCUGCUGCAAUCACCAUUGGCUUCAACCAGGUCAAGACACUCCUGGGCCUGCAGAACAUCCCACGGGAGUUUAUCCUGCAGGUGUAUUAUACCUUCUACCGAAUUGGCGAGACAAGGGCUGGGGAUGCCAUCCUUGGGAUGUUCUGCCUGAUAGCCCUCAUGGGCCUGGAACAAAUGAAAAAGGGCAUCCCCAAGGUCUACCAAAUGGAAAGUUUGAUUGUCAGGGUCAGCAGAGUUAUUGUCUGGACAGCAGCUACAGCCCGUAACGCUCUUGUGGUCCUGUUUGCUGGUCUCGUGGCCUACGCCUUCCAAGCGACCGGCUCCCAGCCAUUCACCCUCACGGGGACCACACCCCAGGGGCUCCCGCCAUUCCAGCCGCCACCUUUCUCCAAAGUCACACCCAACGGGACAGUCUCCUUUGGAGAGAUGGCACAGGCAAUGGGAGCUGGCUUGGCUGUGGUGCCACUCAUGGGACUGCUGGAGACGGUUGCUAUUGCCAAAGCAUUUGCCUCUCAAAAUAACUACCAAAUUGACCCCAACCAGGAGCUGGUAGCCAUGGGUUUCACCAACCUCCUCGGCUCCUUCAUCUCAUCCUAUCCUGUCACGGGUAGCUUUGGCCGGUCAGCAGUCAACGCGCAGACGGGUGUGCGCACGCCUGCAGGGGGACUAAUCACAGGGGCUCUAGUGCUACUGUCUCUCGCCUACCUCACCUCCCUCUUCUACUACAUUCCCAAGGCAGCGCUGGCAGCUGUCAUCAUCUGUGCUGUGGCUCCUUUGUUUGAUGCCCGGAUCUUCCGCACGUUAUGGCAGGUUAAAAGGUUGGACCUGGUGCCACUGUGUGUGACGUUCUUGCUGUGCUUCUGGGAGGUGCAGUAUGGCAUCAUAGCUGGUGUGCUGGUCUCUGGUAUUCUCCUGCUCUACCCUCUUGCCAGGCCACAGAUAAAGGUUUUGGAGCGUGAGGCAUUAUUCAUACAGCUGGCCAGUGGCCUCUAUUUCCCAGCAAUUGAGUUCCUCCGGGAAGUUGUGCGCAAAAAGGCUCUGUCAGAGUCUCGGUUGCGCAACGUCAUCCUGGACUGCACCCAUGUCAGCAGCAUUGACUACACUGUGGUUUUGGGCCUGUCUGAUCUGCUCCGGGAAUUCCAGCACAAGAGACUCUCCCUGAUCUUCAUUGGCUUGCAGGCCCAUAUUCUCCAAGUCUUGCUGGCUGCUGACCUGGAAGGUUUCUAUAACUUUCCCAGCCUGAAGGAUGCAGAGAGGAGUCUUGAUGAGGAACUGCACGAUGCCAGUGAUGCCCUGUUUGAUGGCAGUGACAGCAUACUGCCCACGUCGGGGAUCAUCCAGUUAAGAUCAGAAACACAACACUAACAAGACUGGCUUCUGAAGAUGGUGUGCUGCAGGGAAGGAAGAAAAAUCUGGAGUGGAUUUCUUUGAGACAGAAGGAAAGUGUCUCCCGGCCUUUUUAAUCUGGAAUUUGAAAACAGAUGCUUGCUGGGACUUGUCAGGAUAGUGGGGACAGUGUUCAGUUUUCAGAAAGGAGUCUGCAGGGGUGGCAGAUUUAUGGAAAAGAAUGCCAGCUGCCACUUGCUGGGUAAAAAUGGAAAGGAACUGAAGGCUGGACUUGCAGAGCAACUUCCAUUGUUCUAUAGUGAGCAUCACAUACCUGGGAAUGUGAAGGGGGACUGGAGUAAGGAAGAUAAGUAUUUUUUCUUGUCACCACAUACCCACAGAGUGGGAAGCUGCCAAGUUGGAUGUCCUAGUCCUUACCAACUAUGAGGCAGGGAGGGAAAUAACUAGCUUCUGUGCUGAUAAUUGCUUCCCUAUGCAAACUUAGACAUCUGCCUCUUUUGGAAGUGGGUUCUCACAUGCUCCUUUCCCUAAAAUAGCCUUCCGCAAUCUGGUGCCCUACAGAUGUUUUGGCCAUCAACUUCCAGCAGCCCCAGCAACCCUCAGCAUUUCUGAAGUCCAAAGCUCUGGAGGGCACCAGGUUGGGAAUGGCUGGAAAUGCCAGGGACUGAAUUGAACGUGGGAUCUUUUGCAUACGAAGCACACACACUACCACUGAACUACAGCUCUUUCUCAAUGGACAAGUGCAGCCCUCUCCAUGGAAUGAAGCCUUGGCAUCUACUUUUGCCACCCGGCACCCAUGGGUGCCCACCAGGAUUGAUGCUGUCCCCCCUCCACUCUCACUACCUCUUUUUAUUGCCUUCCAUGCUCUGCAGCUAGGAAGCAAGAUAUCGGCUGAUACGGCGACUUAUUCCCCGAUCUGUUGUAUUCCAGUUUCCUUGCUGCUGAGAUAAGCAUAGGAGUGGCAGCAGUGGGGGUGAGUGAACAAUAGGGUGGCAAUAAAGCAGGAGAAUUGGUGGGGGAAGGGAACCAUGAGCAGAAGGAGGGGACAAGAAAAUUUGGGGUCCUGGAAGAGGGAGGAUAGAAGUGCCUGGCCCCCCCAAAUGUGAAGUGUGCCCACAAAAAAAGUCACUUGUGCUCAUGGGUCCGAUCAGGCUGCCUAUCCCCAUGUUAGACAUUCCUCUAUGUGGGCCAGUGUGAACAAGGGAAAGCGUAAAAAAGAAAUGCAGAGGAUAUAUUGCCAAAUUUCUCAGAGCAUAGUUCUCCUUUCCUCCUUGGCUUCCACAUGAGCUUUUUGUUGUGGUAAUCACCCUGCCUUAUUUGCAGAAUUUUACAAGGGCCCCAGAUGUCAUUUUCUCUUAACCUUCCUGUGUUUUCCCACCACCUGCAUCUUUUUCCUUAUCAAAAAUACAUCCAUUAAGGAGGGAAAGACAGUCUAGGUAUGUGCCGUCUUUGGCUUGGUAGUGCUAGGAGCCCUCAGUCUAGAACGGGUGCAGAACCUCCGGCCCACAGAACCUUCAGCCCGGCCCACAGAGGCUUGUGUCGCCUCUGCAGACCUUGUCCCCUUGGCACUGCAAACCCCACCCCUGCUAGAGCCUGGGGAGGAGGCUUGGAGAGGAAUCCCCACUAUUAUCUCUGCCUAGAAGUAGCCUAAGCGAGGACGUGAAUGAACUAGGAUGCAUUGGAUACUCCAGGGAUUUUUGUGAGCGCAAGUGCUGACGACAACAGAAUAUGUUAGUCAAGGAGAAGCAGUUAAUCUGUGUCGUUUGCACUCUCUAUUUCCUUAGCUGUAUAUGAACAGGAUGUGACAGCUGUUGGGUUAAACCUUAACCAUGAUUCUUGGGCAAGAUCUCUUUAUCACUUGGGAACAACUCCUAAAGCAUGUGGGGCUUGGAAGUGAGCUUAUGAGUGUUUAGUCAUCUAUGUUUGAAAAAACAUCAAUAAAAGUGUGCUCCUUUGGGGAAAUUUUUUAAAAAG